CGCAGCCUCUGCGGCCCGUCCCGAAGAACUACAAGUCCCUGAAGGCACCACGAGGACGGUCACUGCGUCGUCUAGGGCGUGGAGACGUUGCUAUGGAGUUCCGCUAAGGAACCCUCAGGUAGUGAGACGCUGAAGCCGGAGGGGAACAAUCCCUGAACCCAAAGGAAUGAAUCCCUAAUGGUGGAGUUUCAGGCCUCAGUGACAGGCUGAACCCAGACUCCCAGGGCCCAUGCUUCCACCUGAUGAAUGAUGGCCUGAACUAUGAGCAAACGGGAUUAUAUGAACACUUCGGUGCAGGAGCCUCCUCUUGACUUCUCCUUUAAAAGCAUCCACGUGAUCCAAGAUCUGGUAGGUGAGGAGCCAAGGACAGGUCUACGACCAGUGAAGCACUCAAAGUCAGGAAAGUCACUGACCCAGUCCCUGUGGCUCAACAACAAUGUCCUCAAUGACCUGAAAGACUUCAGCCAGGUGGUUUCACAGCUUCUGCAGCACCCAGAGAACCUGGCCUGGAUUGACCUCUCCUUCAACGACCUGACUUCCAUCGACCCUGUCCUAACAACAUUCUUCAACCUAAGUGUCCUCUACCUUCACGGCAACAGCAUCCAUCGCUUAGGGGAGGUAAAUAAGCUAUCUGUUCUCCCUCGUCUCCGGAGCCUGACCCUCCAUGGUAACCCCAUAGAGGAAGAAAAGGGGUACAGGUCAAAUCGUGAUGCGGCUGGUGGAAGAGAAGGCCCCUGCUUGUGUGCUGGGCUGGGCACCUACUGCGGAUACUCUACACUGUUUAUUGCGCGUGCCUUACCCCCUGGGAGUCGCCUUCUCACUGUGGAGCGGGACCCACGUACAGCGGCAGUGGCUGAGAAACUCAUCCGGCUCGCUGGCUUCCAUGAGCAAAUGGUGGAGCUCAUUGCAGGCAGCUCGGAGGAGGUGAUCCCACGCCUGAGCGCUCAGCACCAGCUGAACCGGGCAGAUCUGGUGCUCCUGGCACACAGGCGGCGAGAUUACUUAAGGGAUCUGCAGCUGCUGGAGGCCCAUGCUCUGCUCCCACACGGCGCCACUGUACUGGCUGACCACGUGCUCUUUCCUGGUGCACCCCGCUUCCUACAGUACACCAAGAGCUGCGGGCGCUAUCGCUGCCGCCUCCACCACACCAGCCUCCCAGACUUCCCUGCCAUCAAGGAUGGCAUAGCCCAACUCACUUAUACUGGACCUGGCUGAGGGCCAGCGCCUGAAUAUUUACUACUACAACCCCAACCCCACUCAAGACCUCAGAAUAUCCCCUUUCCCUUUCUGUUCAGUACCCAACACCAUGCUAGGCUCAAGCUGGGGAGGCGUUCUUCUCAAAUUUGUCCCCUUCCAACCUCCAUACUGAUCUGAAGUGUCAAAUUCUAUCAGCCUUCUUGGUCCCAGAAGCUCUCCUCCUAGAAAAUCAGGAACUGGAAGCAAGAGGCCUGUUUUUCAACUUACUUGUGCUACUGAUUGCUCCCUCCAGGUGAGUCCUUCUGCUGUCUUAAGAUCAGUCUACUCUCUUAACACUAAGACAGAUGGCUAAAGGGGCUGGAGAGAUAGCUCAACAGUUAAAAGCACUGACUGCUACUCCCUAUCCAAAGGACCUGGGUUCAGUUCCCAGCACUCGAGUGGCACAGGCACACGUGAUAUACAUACAGGCAGACAAAACACCUACGAGCAUAAAAUAAAUUAAAACACAAAGAAGACAUCUGGCUGGCAGAGCCCCAGAGCGCCCAACUGUGAGACUUAGCUUCUAGAUAGGGUCAGAGGCAGCGGAGACAGUGAGACCUGGUAGGGGCAUCUGGGUGCAAGCUAGGCCAUGGGAAUUAUCAAUCUC